AUGUUUUUCUGUAGGGCGGAAUCACUCAAUAUAACGAACUUCUCGAUUUACCGAAAUUCCCGGUUCAACGAAUUUGCCGGGUCACUUUCGCUUAACACAGGGGGUCGAUCCGCUCAAACUGAAGUGUCGCACGCCUGUUCUUCUCUGUCCGGCAGCCGAUGGGCCUCUGCCAUGAUGGUCACUGAAGGAGAGCCCAUCGCCAAGCAGCCCCGUCCGGGCGAGUGGCUCUGCUCGAUGGCGGCGGUUGCCGCGUCGGCGGCCGCAGCCGUGGACCUCCGCUCCCGCGAGCCGCUGUUCCCGACGCGCAAGCAGCGCGAGUUCAUACCGGACAACAAGAAGGACGACACCUACUGGGACCGGCGGCGACGUAACAACGAGGCCGCCAAGCGGUCGCGGGAGAAGCGGCGCCUCAACGACAUGGUCUUGGAAACGCGGGUCCUCGAGCUCGCCAAGGAGAACGCCGUCCUACGAGCCGAACUCGCAGCGCUUAGGGAUAAAUUCGGCAUUCGCGGCUCGCUCGUCGUCGAGCAACAGGCCCAGCAACACCCCGCCGACAUAGCGGUCCCGGUCGCAGUACCGGCCGCGCCGGGCCUCACCGACCUUCGAGGCCGACGGAACAAGCUGCUAUCCGCGCUACUUCCGGCCCUGGUGCCGCCGCCGUCGCCAGCUUCCGCGUCAGCUUCCCAGCCCCUCGCGACCUCGCCCUCACCCUACGGGGCAGCGUCUCUGGCACAGCAAGCGCAACAGCAAGCGCAACAGCAGCAGCAAGCGCAACAGCAGCAGCAGCAGCAGCAGCAACAACUGCAGCCGCACCAGAGUCACCUCCUGAGCCAGAGUCAGAGCCACCUGCACCACCACCAGCAGCUGAGCCAGCAGCUCAACGGCCAGCACCAGCCGGCGCUCCUGUGCGCCGCGCCCACGCCGGCCCUGGAAGACCACAGGACGGCAGCGACGGACCAGGAGUCGUCGCCCCUGUCGUCGGGUUCGUGGUCCUCGGCGGAAGACAGUCCCCCAGCGCACCACUUCUGCCUACCGCACAAGCUCAGGCACAAGUGGCACAUCAGCGGCACGGAAGGGGGCGUGGCCCCGCCGGGAGGCGCCGCCGUCGUCAUCACCGCCGCCGCCAUGGUGUCCGGGAACGGGAACGCCGGCAGCAACGGCAGCGGGGGCGGCUCGUCGUCUCCCGAGCUCCGCUCCUCGUCGUCGUCGUUCCACGGCCGAGAGGACACCGCCUCGUCGGAUGGGGACAGCGGAGCGUCCAGCACGGACGCCCCGUCGCCGCGCCGGGACGAGGCCUCGUCGCGUAAGAGCCGCAACGGCUCGUCCUCGGCACAUCACCACCACCACCACCACCACAGGUCGGCACACUCUCGGUUAGACCUGCAGACGGAGAACUUCCAGCUGCGAUCCGAGAUGCAGCGGCUAGCGGCCGAGGUUGCCAACCUGCGAGACAUGAUGAUGAGCGGCGGAGGACCUUCGCCUCACAACGGAGCGCCGCCCCCUCCGCACCUGCACCCCCUGCAGGCGGGACACGGAAACGGCACCGCGGGCGAGCACCACGGUCCCGACCACCCGCCACACCUACAACCGCCGCCGCACCUCCAGCACCUGCAGUCGAUGGCGCAGGUGGCGCCACCACCGCCGCUCAGGCACCACCACAGCCACAACGGAACCAACGGACGCGCGGCGGACGAGAACGGCUCGGCCUCCGGUGGGGUCGGCAACGGCUCCUCGACGUCAACCAUGAACGGUUCCAACCGCGAGGACAACCCCAGCCACUGACGGGACAGACCAUUCCGUCCACACGAUGAAAGGCCAAGGUGCUCUCUCUUACAUCCACCCUGUUCAUUUCCAUCGCGCGCCGCCGUCUCGUAAAAUGCGAACUUGAGGAAAACGAACUGCGCAUGCGCAGAGGAGGUGCCUGUGCGGCCGUCACUUCUGGGCUCCGCUGGUACGUUACGCAGCACGAGCGAAACACCUGCCCGCCAUCCUCCCCCGCUCCGCAAUUCCAAGUGUCCCGGCGCCUGGUGCAGCUAUGCGACGCCGAAAAGCAAGGACCGGACUGCGCACGAGUACCGAAGCUGGUCACGUGAUGCCAUUCUCUUCGUGCGCCGCGAGUGAACACUAAGAUUGUUCGCGUGCGUGUGUGCGCGCGCGCGUGUGUGUAUGUGUGCGCGCAAGAUUUCCUCGCCUGACUACCGGGUGCACCGUUGGACCGACUAUGCUGUGCUCCUCAACAAGCAUGGACAAACUGCUCGUGCGCACUGACACCCUGCUACGUCACGCGCCAAAGCGCGCGAAGUUUCGUCCGCCCCCAUGUCGACAUGUUCUCUACCUGGCUGGCCGUCUGGCCAGACCACCGGCCUCCAUCUUAACGUCCCAUGAUUGUUGGACAGCUGGCCAGCACUACUGCGCGCCUCCUCCACAUCGACAAGUCCCCGAGAUACACAUUCAAAGAGAGUCAACGUCUCGCGUGUUUGUCUGUCGGCUCUUGGUCAUCGUCGAGAGCUGCGCCACGCCGUCGGCUGAAACAAGCAACAGUCACCUCCUGGUCCUUCACCUUGACAGCGUUCACAACAGGCUCGCAAGGGACUGAGCGCGUGCCGAUAGUUACUUCUGACGUCACCGGAAGAAGGCCGAAUCUUCUGUCAGCGCCGCUCCAUCGCCUGUUUGGUUCGUCCGCUAGUGCUUUGCGUGACGAACAUGGUGCUACAAUGACCGGCCAGUGGUUCUCCUUGUGCCCGCUGCGUCGACGCUUUGACCCUGUGAUGUCAUGUCGCCGGCGUCUAGGUCAUCUGUGUACACCUUUAGAGCGUGCACGCGCCAUCAUUACUUUCAGUGGUGAUGGUGGAGAAAGCAGGGUUUUGUGGCUACAGAACGUUUCUCUUUAAUAUAUAUAUAUCUAUAUCCUUGUCGCGCAUGUCAUUAUAUUGUGUAGCUCGCCGCUGUGUUAUGAAAGCACUUCAAAUCACACGGAUACAAAACAGCAGUAACUUUCUAGCCUCUAAAAACCGUUUAAACCCUAUUUUCUUUUCUUUCUUUUUUUUUGGGGGGGGGGGGGGGUAUCGUGCCACCAAACAAUAAUGGCCAUCUAAGUUGCUUGCGUUUCCUUUCUUUAAAACACUGGGCUUCUGUUUUCUUGUCAAGAACGCUGCGUAACGCAAAAACUCCCAUGCCGUUCGUGACCCGAAAGAGCCGGGCGCGUAGCUAUAAAGAAAGGAAAAGCACGCAAGAUGAUUAUUCUUUGGGGACAAGAUGAGCCCCGUCGUGCGCAAAAUUUUUUUAGAGUGCUGUAAAUAAUAAGACAUACGCAUGCGCAUACCAUGAAGGGGCGCUUCCCGCCCUUCUUGAAUCCAUUAUAGUUUUUCCAUACCCAAUCUGGCUUCUCCUUUUUUUGACACAGCGGCAAGCUUCAGAGGCAAGCGGAAAUCAAAAGUGCUGUCUGGGCUCGAUCAUAACCUUGAUGUCAUGAAAUUACACGGCGUCGAACCCUCACUGUAUCAGAAUCUCCUUUUUUUUUUUCAUUACAGUUCCGAAUAAGAAUGCUCGUUUUUAGUUUCCGUAGUGCUCGAGACCCGAAAAAUUGUUUGUCAGAGGACCACUGCAAUGAAAUGCAAUUCCUUCCAUAGUUUCCCUCUGUGCGUCACCGCGUACGCAGCAAUUUUCGAAAUUUAUUUCACCGAGGUUCACCAGGAAAUCGUCAAUAACAUUACAGUUCUAAUACCGAGAAAAAAAAACACACUAGAGAACAAUGACAACAUGAUUACGGAGGCAUGUAGCUAUUUGACUUGACCAACCGACUGGCUCAUUUACUUCGAUGAGAUCCGAUUUGCUGGCCACAAGUACGCCAGCAGACAGACAUACACGCACCAUCCAACAAAACAUGGAAAAAAAAAAGGCUUUGCCGAACAGAGGUGCCAUUUCCGCCAAGCACCGAUUAUGUCCUCACACCCGUCAAUACACCGUUCAAGGUCGAAAUAUGAUGUGUUUUCAAGAUACUGACGCAGCAUACUUUCCGCGUGACCACAGUAAGUCUUGAUGCAGGCAAGAAAUGUAUUGUUUCUGAAGGAUCUCGAGAGAUUUGUCAAACCCGCCGCACCCGGUUUGGAAAUGUGUGUGCUUACUGCAGACUUACGCGUCAUUAAUUUUGUCAUGGCUCGUGCCGAGACACAUAACGACGUCUCACGACGAUGGCAUUCUUUAAGUUAAAAGAAUGCACACGCAAGAUGGUAAAGGAUCUCCCGAGCAGUUCUGGCGACCACAGCAUCCACAAGCCUCGUAGGCCCUACCGUCUCAUGACCUGUGGUCUGUUAACGAUCAACGCCUUAAGACAAGAAACGAAAGUCGCCAUGUUGUCACUGAGUCAGUGCGCACGGGAAAGGCGAUAUCUAGACAAAAUUCUGCAUACUUUAUGAAUCGUGACAUCGCCUCUUCAUCAUUGAGAAUGAACUUUAAUACGGCGAAGCAAGCUCGUUUUGCAGUUGUGCUGCCAGGUAUCAAGCUCGCUGUGGUUACGUGACAGGUUACACUCGAACCUAGUAGUGCCCUGAAAAUUCUGCAUGCUGAAUGCACUCACAGCCCACUUCUCUGGCACACCGACUUCUACGGAUUCUUCCAAUACGUCAUACGAGGCCCUGCACAAGCGGUGUUCGGAGCCUGCGGAACAUACUCCCGUUUGUAUGUCGUUGCGCUGUGUUCCCAGCAGAGCAGGAAGAAAAAUGACGUCACCUAGCGAAGGAGAAACAACAGCUGUGUUAAGCCUCGCGGUGCACGCUUGAAUAGAGACGACAAGAAACGCAGUCUUGUACACGAGAAACAAAUGGUCCUUCCUUGCCCAAGCUGUUCACAAAAGCCAACAGCUUCCAAACGACCCUUCAACAUAAGCGAAACUAUCUUUAAACCGCACUCUAACCAGCGAUACGAAAACGGACACAGCUCGGAACGGGCUGCGUGUGGCUAUGCUAGGCCUCGCGGAUCAUGUUUGAGAAAACCGACGAAGAAACGGUUCACAGUGGUCGUUCUGUAGCCUGUGGUGGUCACAGAGGCCAGAAGCCAGGGAACUUCCAUUUCGAAAGUGCUGACAAUAUGUUCAAACGACUGGUUCGUAACAGCGCGUUGGCGCAGCGGCAGCAUUCAACGUAUUACGAGCGUCUGAGUGAGCUUAUGAAACUGCGAGACUUGUGACGCAAAAGUGAACAGGGUGGUCUCCUUAGUGCAAAAAAAAAAAAUCAUAAAUAAAAAAUAAGCACGAGGGGCGCGAGACACUUCUUUUCCUUCAUUAUACUUUUCUGAGUGCAUUGUGAAAAGGCAAGAACAUUGACGAACGUUGUUUAUCGCCGUUAUAGUCGGCCUGUUCAACCGACCUUUCCUGGUCUCUGUUGAUGCGAAAGGAAGCUGAUAUUACGUGCUGGGUUUGUCGGAUGCUUGUGACGAUAACGCGUGUGUUUGUCGGUGAGUGCUUGUAUGUGUGACCGGUGAGUGACGACUGUGCCACUAUUGUACUGUAAAGAAAUGAUAUGGACAACGCACAUGGACAGUGCUGGUGCUGCUGAAACGCUUUAUUUGCCUGUUUAUAGCAAGAUUUUUCUUCACCUCUCGAAUGUCUUCACUGUUUGUCACUGCUGUGCCGUACCUACGUAAAUACAGCGGCUUAUAUUUUCUUCGCUUGCUGCCUAAGGCAAGUUCUUUGUUAUUUUUCAUACUUGUUCAUAUGCCCGAGAUCAUUAGGACACGAUUACAGCGAACAACGGUUCAGCCGGUUUCAGUUAGGAGUGAUGCUGAUGAAUCGACAGGCGCACGUACCAGUGGCAGCGAAACACUCUACGAAAAGGAGUUCUAGCGGCUCCGUUUGCGAGAGUAACUGCUUAUGUCGCGUUUGACUCCCUUCUAGGGAGUUCUCGUACUCACCUGGUGGAGCAUGUUCACUCGGCUUGAGGCACAAGCGCAGUGAAUGUACUCCUUCGGGAGUGAAAACGCUCCUAAGAGGGUUAAGCGCGGGACAAGUAGUUACUCCCUCUGGAGGAGUAACAAGCAAUCCCUUUGUUUUAGAGUGCAUAUUAGCGACAAGAUAGAAGAGUACAGCGCGAAUUAUUCCCUUAAUAUUUAGUUUUAAACCUGUAGAACGCUUGCAUAUUUAAGCUAUGUUAAAAGCUCUUCGUACGUGCAUUCUUCGCGUCACGUGUGAAAAAGUUUCUUCUUUCACUACAAUAAAUCGAUAUACAAUGAAAACGAAAACAAAAUUUAUACGCCUGCACUUUUGUGUUCAAGCUGUGUAGAAAUUGGCCUGAGCAUUCGUGAGCGUAGCUCAAGCACGCGAGUGUCAAGUAAGUAUGACUGGAAGAGACAAAACGAAGCUGCACCCUCAAGUUGAUCUCAGCAAUCGAAGUAGGCUGUCAUAUCAAAUCUGAUGGACUUUUUUUUUCUCAGACAUCGUUUUCUUUUAAUUCGCUUCGCGACUUCAACGCGUGCAGAACGUAUAAUUGAGUGGAGUUUAAUAAUAGUUGUUUCUGAAAAACGCUACUGGCUACUGAUCCAUAGGAUAUGCAAUUUAUUUAUAGAAACUGUCUAGCCAUACAGUUAUUUUACUUUUCUUUCCUCAAGCUUGGAAAUAAUGAUUAGAGAAACAUGUCACCGGCUUCACCAUAUGUUGCGACAGGACAGUGACCUUGACACUUGUUGGUCUUUAUUAUUUUGUAACGAGACGAAAAGUUCGUUGCCCAAACAAAGAUAUCAAAACUUCGGCUGCCAUCUCGACAGCUUUCUGGAAAAGUAUGGUGGUAACUGGAAUGACGUAGGGCUUAUCUUCUUAUGAAUAAAAUUUUAAGACGAUGUCUGCGACGGUUGUUCCAUCUCCCAGGGCGAAGCUUUAGCUAGCAAAGGCCUGCCCGUCUGGCUGUCACGUGAUACAUUGGGAAGCCUCCCGAACAGGCAGCUUACCUGUCAAACUGCCCGCAGUGGCCCCAGUGGUUGCAGCAGACGCGUAGCAGACGACAAGACUGCCUGUGUUGUACAGACGCUUUAGAAAGCACCCUUAAACAAUAUUUAUUUUGUUCAACUUCUUUGCAAUCAUGCAGACGAUCGCCGCAAAUGACAGACCGUCUGCUAUAGGCAACGUGCAAGCGAGGAUGUGACGUAAUAAACGUCGAGCACGUGGACUCCACGCUCCAUCUAUCACAUGUCUGUAAUUCAAAAUGCAGCGUCACAGACGAUAUUACGGCAAUACCGCUUCUUGGCAGUUUAUUGUGCUUUGUGUUCAACCGAAACGUCGCUGAUGUGCCUUUCUGUAAUGCAUCGCGCGUUCUUUUCUUCUGCACUGUCACAUAAUUCAUUCAAGGAGUGUCUGUUUAUUUUUAUAGCUUCUUUACGAUGCGUUCUUCGAUUAAAAUCGUGCGAUGAAAGACGAAGCUCGCAAGGGGAAAAAUAAAUCCAGGAGGUUGUGGCGCGAGUAAGCCGAUUCCAAGAUCUCCACGUUUGCUUUCUCAAGCACGAGUUGUCAUUGGUGCUUUGAUAAUAAUAUGUUUAGAACAAAGUUUUAAUGAUUUACAAGGCAAUCUAUGUAAAUUGACGGUCACUGCCUCCAAUUAAUCGGUGAUUAGAGGUAACAUAAUAAAAAAGCUCUCGCCUUCUGCAAGGUUCUUCAGCACAACCAGGCGAGCAUUCUUAAGAAAACUUCAAACUUUUUAUAGAGAACCCUGUAUAAGCGUCUGGGCAUUGCGUUUGAUCAAAAAAAGCACAGGGCCACUAUAAACAAAAUGAAAUAGUGGCGUGCGCCACGAUAGGCAGCAGAAAGUUUCACCCGUGCAAACUUUGUUGGAUUUUUUCUUUCCCUUGUAGAGUGCCCGUGAGCCUCAUAAAUCACCAGUGUGUGUUCCCACUCUUGUCACGUAAAACUGUUAUCGAAUUUCUGUUGCCAUUUAGUGGGAAUUGUUGUGGAGCGGAAAUUGUUGAAAAAAAAAAUUGUUUUCCCUCUCGAUCUGUUUCACCGUUCAUCCUCCAUGCAUCUGUCUUUCGACAGUCUUUGUUCAUGAAAACCAGAAAGAAGUUCUGCAUGUGGUUAUACGCCCCAUAUAUGAAUAACCGUUCGUCCAAACCUGUACUGUACACAGUCUGUCAGCGUGGUUUUUUUUUUCGCGUUCACGACGGAUCGACAAUAAAACACAGAAGUUAAAACUAUAUGUCUA